AUGACCAGAGGUGCUCGGACGUGUCGGCAGCAAGAUGACGGCUUAAACAUCUGGUUUGCACCCCGAGAGAACGAGAAGCCAUUCACCGACUCCGAGAGGGCCCAGAGAUGGCGAUUGUCUUUGGCCUCUCUGCUUUUUAUAACCGUCCUGCUCUCUAAUCACUUGUGGUUCUGCGCCGAGGCCAAACUGACCAGGACCCGAGACAAGCGACAGGAGGAGAGUUCAGACUUCAUGGACACGAAAGAAUACACUCACCAUUCACAUUCACCACCAAGCUCCCAUCACUCCUAUAGCGGCUUCACCGCGACAAAUAAAGAUGAUAUUUUUAUAGGGAAUUCUACCCCACCUUUGUGGCGACUUGAAACUUGUCACCCCGACAGCGUUUCCAAAAACUGCUUCACUUUCCUGGACGCGCAAGCCGUGUGCAGCGGCCUCUCAGAAGAGGGGGGGACACGGUCGGCCGAGUGGAACCUGAGUGAUUUAUACCUUUCUUUUUGUAAUUCGUACUCUCUUUUGGAUUUGUUUAGCGGAUUUUCCCGUCAGGACAGUUUGAACUGCAGUAUGGCGGUGGCCGGUGACCCAGCAGGUUGCAAGCGGUGCUUGCGGGCUUUUCAACUCUCCGACCAGCAAGCUCAGGAGAAUUACGAAGAGUUUGAGCUUCUCAUUCACAAAUAUGAAACGGAUGUAUAUUCGGUGCGAACAUGCAUGGAAGAAUGCAAGACUGUCUACAAACCCUGGCUGUGCUCCCAGUACUUCCAGACGACACAGAUGCACUGCAGCAACAAGAUCCCCUGCAGGCAAUACUGCCUGGAGGUGCAGCAGAGGUGUCCGUUCAUAUUGCCAGACAACGAUGAUCUCAUUCACGGAGGGAGCCCUAGUUUCAGAUGCCCAGGGCUGUCGAAGAAUCAGCAGACCCAGUCUGAGACAGAGUGCUGCGACGUGCGAUGGAUCAUCCACUCAGACAACAGCUCCGUGGGGAUGCUGAAAAGAAGCCACCCGUCGUGUCAGCACAGGAACUCUCUGAGCUCCUCGGCAGCCUCCAGACUGUGCAACAGCAGGCUCAAACUUUGCCUGUUGGUCCUGGUCCUCCUCCAUACGGUCGCCACUCUCACCGCAUCCCAUAAUGCCACCGGCCUGAGCCUCCCGACAAUCUCGCCUCUGGACGAGAACUCCAACGCCAACGAAGAGUGACGCCGAGUGUGUGCCUCGCCGGCUACAAAAAAGAACUCGCAGUCGGCACCGUCGGGCACCCUGGUCAGCAGUUGUCGGGGGCGAGCGUGUCAUGCACCCGCAAUGCUUUCUGGGACAUGUAGUGCAGGGGGGACAGAAGAUGACAUGCAAACAAUCAAACAAAACAAACAGACCCUUAAAUAAGACAAAAAACUCGA